GUGUGUGUUUUUCCUUUUUCCUUUUUCAGGGUGUGUUUCUGAACCCGGACACUCGACGUCUGAACACACCAACAGGACCAUGGUGACCACAGAGACCCACCAGAGCCAGGACCUGCUGGUGCCCCCCCAGCCCCAGGACCAGGACCAGGACCAGGACCAGGUGGACCAGAUGGACCAGCUGGACCAGGCUCUGAGCGGACUGGACCCAGAGAAGAUGGUCCAAGGCCCCGUGAACGCCAUCACAGUCCUGACCCUGCUGGACAAACUGGUCCACAUGUUGGACGCAGUCCAGGAGAACCAGCACAAGAUGGAGGGUCAUCAGGUCCAGAUGGAGGGCGUGGUCAGAGGGAUCCAGGCAGACAUGACCAAACUGUCCAAGAGCCACAGCCACACCUGCAACACAGUCAGCAAACUGUUGGACAAGAGCCGCAAACUGUCUGUGACCAUGAAGGAGGUUCGGGAUAAGAUGGAGCGUCAGGGGGUCCAGGUGAAGAAACUGGAGGCAAACCACGCCCACCUGAUCAGCAGGAACAACUUCAAAGUGCUUAUCUUCCAGGAGGAGAAUGAGAUCCCCUCCACAGUCUUUGUGAAGGAUCCUCCUCCGUUUCCUCGGGAUGAAAUUCCAGAAGAAGCAGACGAGUCUGUGACAGGUGUGAGUGAGGAGGGCGGUCUGCAGACCAUCGACCUAUCAUCUGAUGAGGAUGUGGGCCUGGAGGCGGAGCUAGAGGAAGAGGAGGCGUGGCCUCAGGAUCUGGAGAACAUGGAGAAGUCCCGAGCGGAGAAACUGAAACGUUCCAGUCUGAAGAAGGUGGACAGUCUGAAGAAGGCGUUCUCUCGUCAGAACAUCGAGAAGAAAAUGACGAAGAUCGGAACGAAGAUCGUUUCGGCUGAACAACGAGAAAAGAUCAAACAGAAGACGUCCAGUCUGAAGGUGUCACCUCUGACCUUCAGCAUCAGGAAGCCUCGCAGUAGCUCUGAGUCCCAGCCUGCAGAGUUGCCGGUUCAGAUCCAGGAGGCUCCAGAGGCUGAGGCUGAAGUCCAGGUGUCCCCUGUUGACCCAGGAGACCAGGACGUCCCCUUCACCCAAGUCCACGCCCAGCUGUCCCCAGAGGAGGAGAAGGAGGAGGAGGAGGAGAAAGAGAAAGAGGAGGAGAAAGAGGAGGAGGCAUUAGGUGUGGGGGCUGAGCCGUCAGGCGUGGAGGCGGAGUUGUCAGGCGUGGAGGCGGAGCUGUCAGUUCUGUCUGAAGGCGUCAGUGCGGAGUACACUCUGUCCUCCACUCUGCCUCAGGAGGACAAGCAGGAGGGUGGAGCUGAGGAGGAGUAGAUCUGACCUGUGGGUUAACCAGGUAGCCCACUAACCUGUUAACCCAUUAGCCCGCUAACCUGUUAGCCCGCUAACCUGUUAACCCAUUAGCCUGCUAACCUGUUAACCUUUUAGCCCACUAACCUGUUAACCCGCUAACCUAUUACCCUGUUAGCCCAUUAACCUGUUAAACUGUUUGCCCGCUAACCUGUUAAACCAUUAGCCCAUUAACCUGUUAACCCGUGAACCUGUUAACCUGCUAACCUUUUAGCCCAUUAACCUGUUAACUCAUUAGCCCGCUAACCUGUUAACCCAUUAGCCUGCUAACCUGUUAGCCUGCUAACCUGUUAAUCUAUUAGCCCAUUAACCUGUUAACUCAAUAGCCCGCUAACCUGUGAACCCAUUAGCCUGCUAACCUGUUAGCCUGCUAACCUGUUAACCCAUUAGCCCGUUAACCUGUUAACCCGGUAGCCCACUAACCUGUUAACCCGCUAACCUGUUAGCCCGCUAGCCCACUAACCUGUUUACCCGGUAACCUGUUAGACCACUAAACUGUUAACCUGUUAGCCCGUUAAACUGUUAACCUGUUAGCCCAUGAACCUGUUAACCCAUUAGCCCGCUAACCUGUUAACAUGUUAGCCUGUUAACCCGUUAGCCUGCUAACAUGUUAGUCCGCUAACCUGUUAACCCGUUAGCCCAUUAACCCGUUAGCCUGCUAACCUGUUCCGUCACUGCUUGUUCACACCCUGUCACUCACUUUUGUUUGUAUCCAUUAAAGUUGUGUUUUAUCUUUGAGCUAAAAUCAGCAGAACCUGCACAUGAUGUGGUCCCAGUCCACUGGGAUGGGGUUCUAGUUAACAGAACCCAUGGUUCCGUGGUGCUAAUCACAGGUUCUGUCAUUAGAUCUGGACGCAUGUUCCAGGACCGUCAGCCAUGAGAACGUUCCUCUAACUCCACCCACCAGAACCGGUCUCCAACAGUGGGUGGUUCUGACCCACGUUCCCCGGGGUUCUAAGGGUCUGUUUCCACCAACACAGAACUGUUCUGGUUGAGGAGCCUGAGUAGAACAGCAGAACAGAACCAGAGCCAAUAAACUGGCCUGUUUGACUGGCAGUAGAACAAUUAGAACACAAGAGUUCCACCAAAACCACCAGAGGCCACAACGGUCCAAGAAUCCAGAACAGAACUGGUUCAAGAACCAGAACUGUAUGUGUGGAAAAAGCCUGUCCAGGUCAUGUGACUGGUGUCAAUAUAGACUGGAACUGGUAACUAUUAGCAUUAUCAGUGUUUACGUGUGUAUGUUCACGCCGUUAGCAGGUUAGGGUUAGCGGGUUAGUGUUAACAGGUUAGGGUUAGCAGGUUAAUGGGUUAGUGGUUAGCAGGUUAACGUUAACAGGUUAGGGGUUAGCGGGUUAGUGGUUGGUGGGUUAGCAUUAACAGGUUAGGGGUUAGCGGAUUAGUGUUAACAGGUUAGGGGUUAGCGGAUUAGUGUUAACAGGUUAGGGGUUAGCAGGUUAGCGUUAACAGGUUAGUGGGUUAGCAUUAACAGGGUAGCGGGUUAGUGGGUUUGUGUUAACAGGGUAGUGGUUGGUGGGUUAGCGUUAACAGGGUAGCGGGUUAGCAGGUUAGCAUUAACAGGUUAGGGGUUAGCGGGUUAGUGGUUGGUGGGUUAGCGUUAACAGGGUAGUGGGUUAGCGGGUUAGCGUUAACAGGGUAGUGGUUGGUGGGUUAGCGUUAACAGGGUAGUGGGUUAGCGGGUUAGCGUUAACAGGGUAGUGGUUGGUGGGUUAGCAUUAACAGGGUAGUGGGUUAGCGGGUUAGCGUUAACAGGGUAGUGGUUGGUGGGUUAGCGUUAACAGGGUAGUGGGUUAGUGGUUCUGUGAACCUCAGAUCUUGGUAUAAAUUGACACAUGCUCAAACGGUGUUGAAUAACAGGUGACCGUAGGCCCCGCCUCAUGUCAUGUGACAUACAAGACGAUUGGAUGAGCUCAGUCUGGGUUCGUCAUUAGUCCUCACACCAGUCCCCCCCCGUUCUCCUCAGGUUCCUCUGAAUGUUCUUCAUUGUGUCCAUGACUGUUCUCGAUACAUUCCAUGUGUGUUCUCUGAGGUUCUGCACAUUCAUUCCUUUAGCCUUAGUCCGGUUCUGUUCCUGUCAACCUGGUCCAGGUAGUCCGGUUCCACUGGGGUUCUGGUCCUGAUACCUCUGGUUCUGUUAGUCCGGUUCCCCUGGGGUUCUGGUCCUGAUACCUCUGGUUCUGUUAGUCUGGUUCCGCUGGGGUUCUGGUUCCACUGGGGUUCCGGUUCCACUGGGGUUCUGGUUCUGCUGAUUCCACACUAGUAUUAUGAACAUGAACAGACUGACCACAGAACCCGCUGGUUCCACAUGCAGUCUGUUCUCUACGGCGGCCCAGAGGCACAACAGCCCCAAAACAAUCCGUAUAAAAAACCAUCCUCCACCUUUUCAGUUAAGGGGGCGCUGUUGACCUUAAAGGUCUCUUACUUUAAAAUGAAGACCACCACAGAAAAUCAAAGCAUAGGCUGAAAAUGUUGAAGUCCUUCAGCUAAUGUGGCUAAUGCUAAGGAAGUACCCCACAGGAAGUGGAGGUCUGAGCUGAAAAUAAACUGAUUCUACAUGUAAACAGUGGAUAAUGUUUGGGCUGUGGCACCUCUGGGCCACCGUAGUUCUCACUGUUUGUGUUUCUUCUGUUUGACUUUAACACAAACUCUUUUUGGUGCCAAAGAAUAUUUACUCCUUAUUUUUUAUUUUUUAUUUUUUCUGUAAAUUCACCUGAAUUUAAAUAAAGUUCAUUUCAGAACUUC